AAAUAUGCUCAUGAUGUUAAAUACUUGAACGAACCCUUCGGUCAUAGACAUAUCUAAACUAACUUCCAUUUUGCUGAAGCUCGACCAAAGCAGUAAAUAUGUGGUGACUUUAGUUGUUAUUGAAUAUCAGUUUCAAUGUUCCGGAAUAUGAAAAAUGUUAGAUAAUAACCGUUAUAUUGUUUCUGCUGGCGUGACAGUCACUUAGCUUUGUUUUAACUUGAGUUAAUAAUUUAUUAUUUGUAAACGUGUCAUUUCAUCUUUCUUUCAAGGAUCACAAUUUAUUUUUAGCAUAAAUAAUAAUAUAAUUUUCUAUUCAUAGUUACAAAGACCCGCUUGAAAAAAUGGGUGGUGAUUUCGUAGAUUUGGACAAAUUUGCGAAAUUUGAGAAAAUAGGUGAAGGUACUUAUGGAGUGGUGUACAAAGCUAAGGAUAAUAAUGGAACGGAAGUAGCAUUGAAGAAAAUCAGGAUUGAUACAGAUGGAGAAGGCAUACCGUCAACAGCGAUACGGGAGAUAUCAUUAUUAAAAGAUCUGAAUCAUGUCAACAUUGUAAAACUCCAAGAUGUUAUUGUACGGGAAACAAAAAUUUUUCUUGUGUUCGAGUACCUCUUCAUGGAUCUCAAGAAGUACAUGGAUAGAGUUCUAUUUGACUUCGAUCCUAAAUUGGUUAAGAGCUACAUGCAUCAAUUGUUGCAAGGCUUGCACUACUGCCACACCCGUAAAAUCGCUCAUCGAGAUCUCAAACCUCAGAAUCUGCUCAUCGAUCAAGAAGGCCGAAUAAAGCUAGCUGACUUUGGUCUUUCAAGGUGCAUUUCAUUGCCAGUGUGUACUUACACCCACGAAGUGAUAACACUUUGGUAUCGGGCACCUGAAAUAUUAUUGGGAACCAAAUUGUACACCACAGCAGUUGACAUUUGGAGUCUAGGAUGCAUCUUUGCAGAAAUGUUCACCAGAAAAGCUCUUUUCCCAGGAGAUUCUGAAAUAGAUCAGCUUUUCCGGAUAUUCCGCACAUUGGGCACUCCAGAUGAAAAGAUAUGGCCAGAUGUUUCUCGACUACCAGACUACAAAUCUAUGUUCCCUCGUUGGAAGAAACAAGAAGUGACAACUGUUUUCCCCUCAGUUUGCGGAAAAGCACUCAGUGUAUUAAUGAAAAUGUUGGUAUAUGAUCCAAACCAAAGGAUAUCCGCCAGAGCUUUACUGGAAAUGCCUUACUUUGAGGAUGUGGAAACAGUUAAACCUUGCUUGGACUUCAAGACGACAAGAUCGUGGAAAGGUUCUGCAGCUGUUUGCAUUGAGUGAAUCCUGGACUACUGUUUAUCCUAUCCAAAGAGACUGUGUUCUACAUUUCGCUGUACUUUGUCAUCUUUCAUCUCAUGAUGCUUAGAAAGUAUAUUAUGUUAAUUAGUUAGUCACUUUAAAUAUUAAGAACAUAAUAAUUAAGAAACUAGUUGAGUUUUGUAGUAAAGAACAUUUAGAGUAACUCAGAGUUUUGUUUUGUUGUUUGGUUCUCUGUACAAAAUCUGCACUGUGCCAACUUCAUUUUUAGUUCUGGUCUGUAAUUUUUAAUCUUGCAACUGGGAAAUUUUGCCUGCAAUGGCAGUCAGGCUUUAGUGUUUCUAUUUUUAGUUUUUAUGUAAAACAAUUGCAGUUAACUUGCACUAUAUGUUAGGAAAAUGAAGUACCUCAUUACUUUUUAGAUAAUGCAUGAAUAUACGUACAAUACAUAUAUUUUUUACACUGAAAAAGCCAUAAAUGCAUGAAUAUUGUGAUAAGACUAUUAUAUGUAAUAUAUAUUUAUACCAGUUAACUUAUAUUGUAGGUUAAGACAAAUUAAGCACAUAAUUACUUUAAGAAAUUUGUAUAUAUGCAUAAAUAUAUAUGCAUUUUAAUAUUGUUUCACACUUAAAAAACCAUAAAUAUACCAAUAGUGUAAUAAAACUACUAUAGAUAUAAUGCAUGUGUAAUUUAUUAAAGUUGAUUUUAAAAUAGUGAAAAGUGCAGGACACAUUUCUAAUUUAAACACUGUAAAAUACAGAAAAGUACUAUAUAUAUAUGGUCAUUACUAAAUAUAACUUAGAUUAAUUAACUUAUAAUAGUGAAAAGUGCAGGACACAUUUCUAAUUUGAACACUGUAAAAUACAGAAAAGUACUAUAUAUAUAUAUAUAUAUAUAUAUAUGGUCAUUACUAAAUAUAACUUCAAUUAAUUAAUUUAAAAUAGUGAAAAGUGCAGGACACAUUUCUAAUUUGAACACUGUAAAAUACAGAAAAGUACUAUAUGCAUGGUCAUUACUAAAUAUAACUUAGAUUAAUUAACUUAUAAUAGUGAAAAGUGCAGGACACAUUUCUAAUUUGAACACUGUAAAAUACAGAAAAGUACUAUAUGCAUGGUCAUUACUAAAUAUAACUUAGAUUAAUUAACUUAUAAUAGUGAAAAGUGCAGGACACAUUUCUAAUUUGAACACUGUAAAAUACAGAAAAGUACUAUAUAUAUAUAUGGUCAUUACUAAAUAUAACUUCAAUUAAUUAAUUUAAAAUAGUGAAAAGUGCAGGACAUAUUUCUAAUUUGAACACUGUAAAAUACAAAAAGUACUAUAUGUAUGGUCAUUAUUAAAUAACAUAAAUUAAGUUAUUUAAUAACUUAAAUUAAUUAACUUAAAAUAGUUAAAAGUAAAGGAAACAUUUCUAAUUUGAACACUGUAAAAUACUAUAUGUAUGGUCAUUACUAAAUAACAUAAAUUGUAACCUAAGCAUAAAGAAUAGGAUCUAGAGAUGACAUGUACAGAUUUACAAAAAUGUAGGUUAUCACAGGAAUAAACUUUAUAUGUGUACAUAAAAAACAAAUACUAGUGUUUACUAAAGAUUUAAAUAAAUAUUUCUUUCUUAUAAUAAUAAGAAAGAAAUUUUUGUAUUUUUUAUAUACCAUUUUAUAUUGUUCAAAACACCAAAACUUUGUUGAUAUUGACUUAAUAGUUUGUAUAAUAAUUGAAAAAAAUUGUAUGUGAUGAUGCUGACCUGUCAACCAGCUGAAAAGUUUUGUUUGUGUAUGAGUGUUGUAUGCUCAUAGUUUGUGACUCAACUGUAAUAUGAAACGGUUGUUCCUGUUUCUUUUAUGUAAUUAUUAUGUGUUCAAUUAUCAUACAGGUUUUCAACAGUUUUAUAUUUUUAGAAUUACUAAAUUGUUGUAAUGUUGUCUUUAGACAUAUCUUGGAAAGUGAAUGUAAUUCUAAUUAAUUAUUGUACAUAAUUAAAAAUUAUUUGGGUAAGCUUGAAAAAUUAUAGCUUCAUAAUUCAUUGUUCCCUAGCUCCAAAUUGAUAUAUUUAUCACUACUAUUAGGUGCAAGAUUUUUUAAUAAGCUGUAAAAUUGUGUUCAGUUAUACCCUUGUUAUUUAGUCAUCAAAUACAGAGUCCAGCAAAAGAAUUUCCCUGAUUUCAAUAGGCAUUUUCAACAAGAAUAAGAAACAUACAGAAAAAUUACUUAUAUUUGUGAAUAGCCUAUAUGAUGCCAUUUUACAUCACUUAGUACACUUUAUUUGGUUUUGAAAAUUAUGUCCGAUAAAUGAUGUCCUCCAUUGUUAAGACAUUCACAAAGUCUUGAAGUUGUCCAUAGGUCUUCGUGUAACUUCCCUUGGAAUGGCUGCCACUUCCUGCCUAAUGGCAUCUUUUAGUUCUUGCAGAGCUCUGGGACGAUGUUUGUAGACUUCAGCCUUUAGGUAGCCCCACAGAAAGAAAUCACAAGGUGAUAAGUCGGGUGACCUUGGGGGCCAGGAAAUGUCUCCUCUUAAAGAAACAAGACGUCCAGGGAACAACUCUCUUAACAUUUCCAUGGACCGCCGAGCAGUGUGAGCUGUGGCUCCAUCCUAUUGGAACCAAACUUCUUCUUCCUCAUGGUCUAAAACAAACUGGUUGAUCUUGGGUCGGAGAAAUGUCUCUAUCAUGUGACAGUAGUGAUCGGCAUUGACCGUUACUGUUUGUCCAUCUUCUUCAAAAAAGUACGGUCCCCACACACCAAAUUCUGCAACGGCGCACCAACUGUAGUGGUUGUUGGUGGAGUUCCCUAGGAUUUUCUGCAGCCCAGUAGUGGAAAUUCUGUUUGUUAACAGUUCCACACAAGUGGAAGUGGGCUUUAUCAGAAGAAAUGAAGACAGCAUCUGGGGGAAUGUUUUGCAAAAUGUCAUCACAUGCAGCCCUGCGAGUUUCAUAAUCUUCUUCAGACAACUUUUAGGCAACCAUUAUUUUGUAGGGAUGCAGAUGAAGUUCCUUAUGCAGAAUUCUCCUUACACUCCUUUCUGACAAUCCCAGGGCAGCUGCAUGUUUAACCGCUGAACGGGUGUCACCCACAGUCUAAUCGUUUUCGCAUCAGGAAUACUAUCACGUCGGCCAAGUUUGAUUCGAAUCCGAAACGCUCGUUGAGUAGAAAUCACAGAACCGCCAUUUUUAAUAAACUCCUCCACAACAAACGCCCGAUGCUCACCGAGCCAAGCCAUGGCGAACACUGAAAAUAGCACUUACGCCGCUACGGAACAAUACCUCCUCCACUAAAACUCACUUGCUCAAACCGGGGAGGUUUUUUUGCGGAACCCUGUAUCCUAAAGUAAAUAGUAAGGCUAUAAUUAUAUAGUAAUUUGAUGUGAUGUUUCCCAGUAAGGAUAUUAAUAAAGAUCUGUAAUUAUAUUUGCUGUUAAUACAUGUAAACUUUAAAGAGCAUUUGCAUAUUUUAUUUAGAAUAAUUCUAUUUAACUUAUAAUAUUUUUAGUGCUGUAAAAUAAUGGAAAGUUCAGUUCUUCUUUGUUGAGUGGGCUCUCUGGUCACCAUACAGUCUAUAUCCAUAUUAUUUUUUCUCCCUCGAUUAGCAAUGCUAGAGUGUUGUAUGAUGUAUACUGCAAUGUAUUCAACGAUUUUCUGAAAAUAAAUUAAAUUUGAAUCCGGUGUAAUUAAGAUGAUGUGAAUGACCCAAGAGAGGGGUAUGUUAUAGAAUCAUCUUUUAUAGAACUAUCUUAUUAGACAGGUAUACAACUGAAUCUCAUUAAGAAAAAUCAUUUGUUGCCAGAAUGAAAAUUUGGCACAAAAACUAUAUAAUAGGAGAGAAAAUGAGAGCUGAAAAUGCCAGCUCUUUUGUUUGAACGUCGGAGAGAUUCUGUUUAGGAAUUUAUUUCAUUUAUAUGUUAUUUCUAGAAAGAUGUGCCUUCUGUAAUACAUGAUCUAAACCCUACUAAGUCUAAUAUUCCAAUUCUUAGUUCCAGUAAUAAGUAAUUUAUUUAAAGGAUGUUGUAUUUAAUUUGGCAUACUACUGUUGUAAUGUACUAUUGUGCCAUGGUUAGAUGGCAUCAGACUUAACAGUAUAUUUGGUUCUUGUUAGUAUUUUUUGAGAGGACCAACAACAAAUCAAACUUAUAAAACUGGCAAGAAUGCCAUUGCUUAUUAUUCAGUUUACUGAGUAUCAUUAAGCCACAUAGUAUCUUAGUAUGUACCCAAGUAUAAUUGUGAAUGUUUUUGUGUGUAAUUAAAGAACUGUAUAUACAGUGUAGAAGAAGUUUUAGGAUUAAAUGACUAAAAGUAAUGUAGCCUAAUGUAAAAUGUUUUGACCUUUGUCAUUGUUAAAAUAAUGUACCGACAAAUAAAGCUUGAUUGAUUGAUUUAUUUUUGUGUAAUUUUAUAUGUAUUUUUGUAUGUAGACUUAUCACAUAUUCAUAAAGAUAGCACAGCAUUAGUUAGAUUAAAGAUAGCUUAAUAUAGCAUAAAGAGCAUAUGUUAAAUUAAAUAAAGUACGCUUUAGUAAUAUGAUAAUGCUAAACAACACACUAGACAAAAAAGAAAGAUAAAGUAUUUUUUACCUUUUAUUAAAAAACCGGUUCUGCUGGUUGCUCUCUAUUUUGGAACCAGCAAAAUCUCUUUCCUUUUUCCAGGUCAUUACUUCCAAUAUUUGCAAAACAUGAACUGAUUGUAUUGUAUACUAUUUUUAUAUAUGAUUCUUAUGUUUUAAGGAUGUACCCCAUCUUAAUAUAUAACAAAAUCAAGUAAACUUAUUGUAACAAUUUUAUUUUUAUAUGAAAGCACACACUUUUGCCUACUUUUCUACAUAAUUGCCAUCAAUGUUAAAGUACGUAUCAUAUAUAAAUACAACUUUUUUUAUACUGGUGUCUUAAGAAAAUUGCCACUUGAUUUAACAGAGAGUGCAACAAGAUCAUUUUGAUGCUAUGCUGUUGUUGCAACACUGACCUUCAAGAUACUCGUGAAAAACAAAUGGUAGUCAUUGGGUGCUAAAUUGGGGUUGUUUGGGGGAUUAUGAAAUUGAUCCUUGCAAAAUGCUGUAUUGAGAUCUUGCAUUGUUUCUUUGCCACAUGUGGACUGAAAAACAUACAGAAAAACAUGUUUUUCGAUAAAAGUGUCAUACAGGAAACCUUUAGUGCCAAGAAAACAAAUAACAGCAUGUACUUCACAGUCUGCGUGAUUUUAAAUUGACGGGUACAUUUGAAAUAUGCAUUGACAUGUGUAAAAACAAUUUGUUUUUGCUGUAAUUGCAUCUGUCGUUUGCUAACAAAUGAAGAUGACAGUGCUCCAGCGUAGAACAUUGACCGCAGCACGGCAGACGUGGAUUUCAAAAUGAUACUUACUUCAAAUGUAUGCCUCAUUUUAAUGAGGCAUAGUUAUUUAGUUUAUUGCUUAUAUAUUUAAGAACUGUUAUAAUUUUAGUUUCUAAUUAUAUAUUUGUAUCAUAUACAUAUUUUCUAAGUAUACUGUAUACUUUUUGACAAAGCAAAUCGGUUUUGUUAUUCUAAUAAAAUGAAAGUAAAAAAAAUACAAAAAUUA